AUGGUUCGAGGAAACAUAUAUGCAACACUUAAGCAUAACUGGACACCAACUCCUCAGAACAUGGUAAAUUCAACCCCAUUAACAAAUACUUAUAAAGUUUUUUUCCGUUUACGCCCAUUAUCUCAAGUUUUGGAUCGAACUAAUCCAUUGACACAAAUAGUUCAUGGGAGAAAAUUGAGUUAUUUGGGCCCGGGGGGAUUGACUGCGCGAACUGCUACUUUUCCAAUACGAGAUAUUCAUCCUAGUCAUUAUGGGCGUAUUUGCCCAAUUGACACAUCUGAAGGAAUAAAUGUUGGACUUAUUGGAUCCUUAGCAAUUCAUGUCAGGAUUGGUCGUUGGGGGUCUCUAGAAAGUCUGUUUUAUAAAAAUUCUGAGAGAUCAAAAGGGGCGCGGAUGCUUUAUUUAUCAUCGGGCAGAGAUGAAUACUAUAUGGUAGCGGCAGGAAAUUCUUUAGCCUUGAAUCAGGGUAUUCAGGAAGAACAGGUUGUUCCAGCUCGAUAUCGUCAAGAAUUCCUGACUAUUUCAUGGGAACAGGUUCAUCUUCGAAGUAUUUUUUCCUUCCAGUAUUUUUCUAAUGGAGCUUCCCUUAUUCCUUUAAUCGAGCAUAAUGAUGCGAAUCGGGCUUUAAUGAGUUCUAACAUGCAACGCCAAGCAGUCCAUAUUUCUCAGUCCGAGAAGUGCAUUGUUGGAACUGCAUUGGAAGGCCAAGCGGCUCUAGAUUCAGGGGCUCUUGCUAUAGCCGAACACGAGGGAGAGAUUAUUUAUACCGAUACUGACAAGAUACUUUUAUCAGGUAAUGGGGAUACUCUAAGGAUUCCAUUAGUUAUGUAUCAACGUUCCAACAAAAAUAAUUGUAUGCAUCAAAAACCCCAGGUUCAGCAGGGUAAAUGCAUUAAAAAGGGACAAAUUUUAGCGUAUGGUGCUGCUACAGUUGGUGGCGAACUCGCUUUGGGGAAAAACGUAUUAGUAGCUUAUAUGCCAUGGGAAGGUUACAAUUUUGAAGAUGCAGUACUCAUUAGUGAGCACUUAGUAUAUGAAGAUAUUUAUACUUCUAUUGACAUACGUAAAUAUGAAAUUCAGAUUAACCAAGGCUCCGAAAGGGUCACUAAUGAAAUACCGCAUUUAAAAGUCCAUUUACUCCGAAAUUUAGACAAAAAUGGAAUUGUAAUGUUGGGAUCUUGGGUGGAAACAGGUGAUAUUUUAGUAGGUAAAUUAACGCCCCAAAUGGUGAAAGAAUCCUCGUAUGCCCCCGAAGAUAGAUUAUUACGAACCAUACUUGGCAUGCGGAAACGUGAAAUAAAAGUAGGCGAUAAAGUAGCUGGAAGACAUGGAAAUAAGGGUAUCAUUUCAAAAAUUUUGCCUAGACAAGAUAUGCCUUAUUUGCAAGAUGGAAGACCUGUUGAUAUGGUCUUCAACCCAUUAGGAGUACUUUCCCGAAUGAAUGUAGAACAAAUAUUUGAAUCUUCACUCGGGUUAGCUGGGGGUUUGCCAGACAGACAUUAUCGAAUAGCGCCUUUUGAUGAGAGAUACGAACAAGAAGCUUCGAGAAAACUGGUGUUUUCUGAAUUAUAUGAAGCCAGUAAGAAAACAGUGAAUCCAUGGAUAUUUGAACCCGAGUCUCCAGGAAAAAGCAGAAUAUUUGAUGGAAGAACAGGGGAUCCUUUUGAACAACCUGUUAUAAUAGGAAAGCCUUAUAUCUUGAAAUUAGUUCAUUAA